GCAUGCCCAAUGAUCAAAUUAACGACGUGAAUACCGUUCAUACUGUGCUGUCCGCAUUUCGAAGUUUUCAGAUUCUUGCUGUUUUCUCUCUUUCCCUGCUUGGCUGGUUCUCAAGAGGAAAAGGAAUCAAAUAGCAAAAUUAAAGAAAAAGUUCUAAUUGAAUUUGAAUCCUGUUAAAUUUCCUAUUAGCCUCGAUCAAUAGAAAUUAAAAAAUUUCCCUCAAAAUUUUUUUUGAUGGUCCUGCUUCAACCAUCCAAUCAAGCAAAUAGAUCGAUCUUAAAUUUGCUGUCUUUUUAAUUAUUAUCGAUUUACUAUUAUUAUUAUUAUUAUUAUUUUCUAAAUGGAUUCUAGCAGGCGAGCGGUGGAAUCGUACUGGAGAUCGCGGAUGAUCGAUGGGGCAACCUCGGAUGAAGAUAAAGUAACGCCCGUUUAUAAGUUAGAAGAGAUCUGCGAGCUCUUGAGAUCGUCGCAUGUUAGUAUUGUCAAAGAAGUUUCAGAGUUUAUCUUGAAACGACUCGAUCACAAAAGCCCUAUCGUCAAGCAGAAGGCUUUGAGGCUGAUAAAGUAUGCAGUUGGAAAGUCUGGUGUGGAGUUUAGGAGAGAGAUGCAGAGGAACUCAGUGGCUGUUCGUCAGUUAAUUCAUUACAAGGGACAGCUGGAUCCCUUGAAAGGGGAUGCACUUAAUAAGGCCGUGCGGGAAACAGCUCGUGAGGCUAUUUCUGCUAUAUUUGCAGAGGACAAUAAUACCAGUAAGCCUUCUCCAGCAGAUGACUUUAACAAAAGAAUAGAAGGAUUUGGCAACACAAACUUCGAAAUGCCAUCAAAUGAGAAGAAAUCAUUUCUAAGUGAAGUAGUUGGUAUUGGAAGUGCUUCUAUCAAGCAGGGAAUUAGUAGUUUCACCCAGGGUCCUUCGCUUAGAAAGAAUGAUAAUGGAAGCUACAAAGGUCCUACUCUUCGGAGGUCGUUGACUACAGAAAUUGACCAUUCUGAUAAGUACAAUCCAGCUGAAUUGCGCAAUGAUUCUCAAGAGUUUUCCAAUAAUACUUCUAGUGGAACUUGGGGCCUGGAUUCGAGAGUAUUAAAGACAGAAACAACAAAUGGGGAAUCUAGCUCAAAUUAUUCAGCGACUAAAACUCGUGAAGAGAGAUUAUUGGAAACUAUAGUUACAUCUGGUGGUGUCCGUCUACAACCUACUCGAGAUGCUAUUCAGGCUUUCCUUGUGGAGGCUGCAAAGCUUGAUGCAUUGGCUUUAAGUCAUGCUCUUGAAUCUAAGCUUCUAUCUCCAUUGUGGCAGGUUCGCAUGAAAGCUGUGUGUGUGCUUGAGUCAAUUUUGAGGAGAAAGGAAGAUGAGCAUUUUGUGAUUGUGGCUUCAUAUUUUACUGAGAACAAAGAUGUUGUUUUGAGAUGUUCCGAGUCUCCCCAAGCUUCUCUAAGAGAAAAGGCCAACAAGGUGUUGAUCCUUUUGAAUGGAGAACAGGCAGGUGAUUUGGCUAGUAAUUCAGAGAAGUCUUCAAAGCCCAUGACAACUCCUGUUCAAAUGCCUGACCUGAUAGACACUGGUGAUCCUGAUGAUUAUGAUGGACAAAAUACAUCUAUAAAAGAUUCGCAUAAUCAAAAUACUUCAAAUCUGACCGGAACCCCACUUAUUGAUGACUUACUUGGAGAUGGUAUAGAUGCUGGUCUGAGUCCCAGCAAACAGAAAUAUGAUGAUGAUCCCUUUGCAGGUGUCUCAUUUCACUCUGGCGAAGGUAGAGAAAAUGUGGACGAUCUUUUCUCUGGGAUGACUAUAGAUGACAAGUCAGUUGGCAAUGGUAAUCAUGUGGCUGCUAAUAAAAAAUCUGAACUAAUUGAUAUCUUUGGGACCAAUUCUGAAGCUCCAUUCGAGCCAGAGAAUAAAACAAAUUCUGUUAAUGAUUUAAUGGCUGGCUUGUCGAUGAAUGAGAAUCCACCUAAUUUGAAGCAGAAAGGAAUGACUUCUGAGGCCCCUGAAAAUAUAUUUGCCAAUAUUAACACUCAUUCUAGCCAACAAGCUUCUAAUGAUGCUUUGAGUGGCAUCUUUGGUUCUCAAGCCACGGGGAUGAAUGCAACUCCGAUGUUUCCUUUAGGGACCAUGCCAUAUGCUGUUCCUCCCGGAAUAAUGUUUAACCCAGCCUUUUCCUCUCAGCCUAUGAAUUAUGGUGCUAUGGGGAGUUUCUUUGCGCAGCAGCAAUUGCUUGCUACAAUGUCUAACUUACAACACUUUGGUAAUCUUAAUGCACAAAAUGCUGGGAUUAAUCAUGUUUCCAGUGGAUCAAAUGGAGGAUCACCUAUGCCUGAUAUUUUCCAGUCAAAUUUGCCAACUCAAACAGCUAGUUCUAUGAUGAACAAUUCUAAGAAAGAGGACACCAGAGCGUUUGAUUUUAUUUUGGACCAUCUUGCAGCCGCUCGUGAUCCAAAGAGGACUGUGUAAGAGUUUCUGUACCGCCUGUCUUUCCCACCGCCACCACGAGAAAAGCGUGUUUCCACCGGUAAGGCAUUUCGACUGAGACAAUGUACAUCAACAGCAGGUCUUGACUCUUAAAACUCUAUGGAGCAUUGAAGUUGAAUUGCCCUUUUUCAAACUUACAUGUUUUGAUCUGUUAAAAUGCCUGCAAAUAUUAUGUAUUUAUGUCUUAAAUUUAUAGAAAAUGGCUCUUUUUUC